AUGUGUGGUCGGGCGCCUGUAGGGCAUGCUUUGUGGGCAGCUGAUCCCGUCUGUGCAAAGAUGGCUGCCUCUCAUCACGAAUCCGAUGUGUUCGAAUUUGUGGUGAAGAAAGGUUUUGGAGUGAAAGGACUAGCUGAUUCAGGAAUAACCUCUGUACCCCCACGAUAUAUCCACCCUCCAGACGAGAGAAUUGAUAGGAAGAAAACAAUUGAUGCAUCACCAUUCUUGGGCUCACCUAUUGACUUGUCCGGGUUGGAAGGAGAGAAGAAGGAUGAAACCAUUGCUGCUAUUUGCGAAGCUGCCUCCAAGCUCGGAUUCUUUCAAGUGGUGAACCAUGGAGUGUCACUCCAAGUCAUGGAACGUGCGAAGCAGGAUGCACAUACUUUCUUCAACCUGUCGCCGGAGAAGAAAGCCGUCUACUUAAAGGGAAAGACGCCCUGCCCAAACGUCUUUUACAGCACCAGCUUUGGCCGGAGGCCGAGAAAAAAUUCCUUCUCUUGGUUCAUAGAUCUACUAACUGGUAUAUAUGGUUGCAGAGAUGCUGCGCACGACUAUCUAAAAGCGGCAAGCAAGAUGAUCCAGGGGAUACUGGGUGCUCUCCUGAGGGGACUUGGAGUAGAGUACGAUGAGUCUCUCCUCAGCUGCUACAUGGAAGCUAAGGCUGUGAACAUGAACUUCUAUCCACCCUGCCCGAACCCGGAGCUGACGGUAGGUGUAGGCCGGCAUUCCGACUUGGCAGCCCUCACCAUUCUCUUACAGGAUGACAUCGGAGGCCUCUUCGUUAAGGUUGAAGACGGAGGGUGGAUAGAGAUUCCUCCCGUGGAAGGUGCAAUUGUAGUCAAUGUGGGUGACACUUUGGAGAUACUGAGCAAUGGGAGGUACAAGAGUGCGGAGCAUCGGGUGAUCGCCAGCAGCACUAGAGCGCGAGUUUCAGUCCCUAUUUUUGUAAGCCCACGACCACACACCAUGAUUGGACCUUUGCUGGGUCUAGCGGAGAAGGACGGCAAGACCGUUUACAGGCAUCUCUUGUUUGGAGAAUACAUGACUAACUACUUUGGUGCGGCUCACCAAGGGAAGAAGACUCUAGUCUUUGCUAGACUCUGA